AGGAAACUAUCAUCAUCAUCAUCGUCAAUCAAAUGUUGUCAACCGCAGAGGAUUCUCGCUCAGUUUAUACCGACUCGCGAAUAGCUGUGGUUCUGUUCUGUUUCUUGUGUUUGUGUUGUUAAUAUUGUGCAAAAGGAUCCGCUCGCGGUGAGACGACAACAAUAUACAUCCCAACACAGCAAUCGUUGUGAGAGUUCGUGAAUUCCCUCGCACUCACUUGACAAAGGGGGACACGUGACGAUCUUCUCUCGCGUUCUUACCGCACGAGUGAAAAAAGGAACGCAAACGCAAACACACACUUGCAUACGUGCGGGUAAAGCCUACUCUCUCGGCGCGAUUAUUUCGUGUUUUACUAUCGUUAGCGGAGCGGAGAAGCCUCCUCGGAACGCGCAACCAUGUCGCUCAGUCGAGUUUUAAACGUCUGUCCAAAGAGUGGCUUCGCUGGAGGAUUAGCGAGUGCCAUCACCACCAGCAGAACCAACGCUAGUUUGGGUCGGAUAUCAACACUGCUACCAUCAGUAGUGGACCAACAGCAGCAGCAACAGCGAAGGGUUAUUCACACGAACCAUUGGAAGAAUCGGAAGGCGGUAGCAACCAGAACCAUGUCGAGUGCUGCAGCUUGCGUUCACGAGCCAUGCAUCUCGCUGGAGAACAUCAAUCCGGCAAUUAAGGUGAUGGAAUACGCCGUUCGUGGACCACUGGUCAUUCGAGCUGCUGCCAUUGAGAAGGAAUUGGAACAAGGCGUCAAGAAACCCUUCAAGGAAGUCAUUCGCGCCAACAUUGGCGAUUGCCAUGCUAUGGGCCAGCAGCCGAUUACCUUCCUCCGACAGGUACUCGGACUUGUCGCCUACCCACCCCUAUUCAACGACAAAUCGAUCCCGGAGGACGCAAAAGAGCACGCCCGAAUCAUUCUCGAUGGGUGCAAGGGUCGUUCGGUCGGUUCCUAUACCGACUCGAACGGGAUCGAAGUGGUGCGGCGUCACGUCGCCGAGUACAUUCAGAACCGGGACGGUGGAAUUCCGUCGGAUCCUAACAACAUAAUCCUAUCGGCGGGUGCCUCCGGGGGUAUCAAGGUACUGAUGUCGCUGCUCAGGUGUCCGAUUGAUGGCAAAACGCCUGGCGUGAUGAUUCCCAUUCCACAGUAUCCGCUGUACUCGGCAACGAUCGCCGAGUUCGAGAUGGAACAGGUCGGAUACUAUUUGGAUGAGGCGAACAAGUGGGGGUUGGAUAUUGCCGAGUUGCAGCGAUCACUGAACGAGGCGAGAAAGACGUGCGCUCCGCGGAUAUUGGUGGUCAUCAAUCCGGGUAACCCGACCGGACAGGUGCUGUCGAAGGAGAACAUUCAGGAGAUCAUUAAGUUCGCUUGCAAUGAGAAGCUGGUUUUGUUCGCCGACGAGGUGUACCAGGAUAACAUUUACGCACAGGGAUCGAAGUUCCAUUCGUUCAAGAAGGUCCUGAUGGAAAUGGGUGCCCCAUACAAUCAGAUGGAGCUGUGCAGUUUUAUGUCCUGCUCGAAGGGCUACAUGGGCGAGUGUGGGAUCCGGGGAGGAUACGCCGAAGUCAUCAAUAUGUGCCCCAACGUGAAGGCCAUGCUGCUGAAGUGUAUUUCCGCCCAGCUGUGUCCCACAACCAUCGGGCAGGCCUGUAUGGAUGUGGUUGUGAACCCACCGAAGCAGGGCGAACCAUCGUACGAACUGUUCAUCAAGGAGAAGAACGCGGUGCUGGCUUCGCUGAAGGAACGCGCCGAGAUGGUGGCCAACACGUUCAACUCGAUCGAGGGAUUCACCUGCAAUCCGGUGCAGGGAGCGAUGUAUGCGUUCCCCCAGAUCCGUCUACCGCAGAAGGCGAUUGAGGCGGCCAAGAAGGCCGGCCAGGCGCCGGACGUUUUCUACGCAUUCCAGCUGUUGGAGCAGAGCGGCAUUUGCAUCGUCCCAGGCUCCGGAUUUGGCCAGCGCCCUGGCACCUUCCACUUCCGCACCACGAUCCUACCCCAGCCGGCCAAGCUGAAGGAAAUGCUCGGACUGUUCAAAGCGUUCCACGAAAAGUUCGUGCAGCAGUACAAGUAAAAUGCCGAACCCAUCCCAUCGCCACCUCGCGCCAUCAACCCCAUAUCGUAGUAGGUAUAUCACAUCCCAACCAUAUGAACACACAAAACAGCAACCAACAUAUAUGAUGAACGUAAAGCGAUUUGAUCGGUGGAUUUAGAAUCCAGAUGUUGUGGGUCCCUAGCUUAUGUUUUGUUGUGACAAAAUUGUCGUGUGCAAAAACAUACAAAAAAAAAACUCAAACAGAAGCAAUUUGAUUGCUUGUAGCUUGUUGAAUUUGUGUAUUUUAAUCUCUGCUUGAAUGAUAUUAUUGAUAAGGGAAACUCAGCAGAGUAGAAUAAAAUUGCGUCCUUCCGUUUGCCAUUUCACGCAUCAACUGAUGGUUGUAUUAAUUCGCUUUUCAAAAUUCUCACCGCGUUAUGCGAAAGGGGAAGGUGAGUGAUAUUAUUAUAAAAAAACUGGUCGCAAACCAACAAAGUUGGGGCGCUGAAAAAAAAAUCUUCGAGAAAGACAAUAAUUAUUUGAUAAUCUAUCGCGUAUACACACAAUUGGCUGCCAACUUUCCGGUUUAUAGAAAAUUGUUAAACCUUUAUAGCAAUCUGUUUUAACCGAGUUCUUUGUAAGUGGAUGUUGUUCUUGUUGAGAAAGAAGAAAGAUUGGAAAUCGUUUCGCCAAUGCCACCACUAUAAACUGUGAAUAAAAAAAAAAGAAAUGCGAAAGCAAUGAAACACGCUCGAA